CCCUCUGCUGGUGCUGCCCACCCCGCCCUCCGCCCCUUCCCGCCCCCCCACCAGGUCCCUGCCUCGGGGCUCGCUGCCUUCCAGCUCCCGGCCGGUCCCCGGCGCCAGCAUGUCCCGCUCCGACGAGGUCAACCGGCUCACGGAGAGUGUCUAUAGGGUGAUUCUGGACCAGUUCAACCCCGGCCUGAAGAGUUUUGUCACGAUGGGGAAGAGUUACCAACGAGCACUCUCAGGGGUGACCGUAGCGGCCAAGGGUUAUUUCGACGCCCUGGUGAAGCUGGGGGAAUUGGCCAGCGACAGCCAAGGGUCCAAGGAGCUGGGGGACACCCUGUUCCAGAUGGCUGAGGUGCAUCGCCAGAUCCAGGUGCAACUGGAGGAAACGCUGAAGCUUUUCCACUCGGAGCUGCUGGCCCAGCUGGAGCAGAAACUGGAGCUUGAUGUCAAGUACCUCCUGGCUACCCUGAAGAAGUACCAGAGUGAGCACCGGGCCAAGGCAGAGGCCAUUGAGAAGUGCCAGGCCGAGCUAAAGAAACUGCGUAAGAAAUGCCAGAGCAGCAAGAACCCCCAGAAAUACGGGGACCGCGAGGUGCAGUACGUAGAGGUGAUGAGUGCCAAGCAGAGCGAGCUGGACCGCUUUGUGGCGGAGGGAUACAAGGCUGCUCUGACCGAGGAGCGCCGCCGGUACUCGUUCCUGGUGGAUCGCCAGUGCGCUGUGUCCAAGCACUUCAGUGCCUACCAUGCCAAGGUGAAGGAGUUGCUGGGGGCCAAGUUGCCUGGUUGGCAGCAGUCCUGUGUCCAGCCCACCCGCCUGCCCGACCGUGCUCUGGCCCUGGUGAAGCAGACGGCCAACAGCCCUGCCACGCCCGCCAUCUCCGACCCGCUGCCUGGCCCCCAGCCCCUGGAGGUGCCCCCCGAGCUGGCCCCCCUGCUGGGGGGCGGGGGGCUGGCCCUCAACCACCGCGUCUCACUGCUGGAAGCGACUCCGCUCCCCAACGGCGACUCUCACCGCACCCAGGACUCCCGUGACCUGGGGCACCCGCCCGCCAGCGAGCCCCUCACCGUCCCGCUAGGCCUGCCGGCCCCGCAGCCUGCACCAGCCACGCAGACCCCGCCGCCACCCAGGGCCAGCGAGGGCUACUCCUGUACCCUGCCCAUCCCCCGCAAAGCCUCCGCGGAGACCCGCCUUGCCACACUCACAGAGAACAGGACCCUGCCGCGGGUCGGGGCGCUGGCCGAGCGGCGCCGGGUGCAGGCCGUGUUCUCGCACGCGGCCGGCGAGAGCAGUACCCUGCUCAACUUCCAGGAGGGCGACGUCAUCGCGCUGCUGGUGGCCGAGGCCCGGGACGGCUGGCACUACGGGGAGAAUGAGGCCACACGCAUGAAAGGCUGGUUUCCCUUCUCGUACACCCGACCUGUCCCCCCUGCCGAGACCCCUGAGAAACCCCACGGCAGUUUUCCCCUGAGCAAACUGAACAGCAGCAGCACGGGGACCCUGGACAAAGCAGGGUGCGUGGCCCCUAGCCUGGAAGGGGGCCAUGGGGGGGCCACCUUUCGCUAUACCCCCUCCCCCCACUCCAGCACCUUCCGCCAGCGCCCCUAUAGCAUGAUGAACCCCGACCUGUCCCAGUUAGCGAAUGAAUUUGGGAGCCCCCCGAACUCCUCCCCAUCCAGGUCUAACCCCUUCGCUCACGUCAGGCUGAAGCGGACCGUGACCAAUGACCGCUCGGCGCCGCUGAUCCAGUGAGGCCCCGAGGGUGCCCGCUGAUCGCCCCCCGGGGGAGAGAUGCCAGGAGCCCCCCACUCGGGAAGGACUGGGGAGCUGGUGUGGGCCUCGCCACCCCCCCAUGCAGCCCGCGGCUCCCUCUAAUGGCAGCUUUGCAGAAGAGCAUCCCAACACCAGGGCUGGGGCUGUAUCGCGCAGCGGGAGGGGUUGGGGUUCGAAUCCCGCCGGCAAUGUCUGGAGGCGGGGGGGGAGCAGGA